GGGGUGACGCCCGCGACAGUGUCAUCUGCCUUGUGGCAGGGCUUGGGCGUGCUGCAUCCGCUCCUGGCAACGUUCAAAGCAAAUCAUUAUCAGCACGUGUGCAGGCGGCGGUCGUCGAGACAGCCCGUAGUGGCGCUGGUGCCGGCAGCGGCGGUGGCAGCGGCGGCGCCGCCACACGGCCAGGUUGACGUCACCUGCAGAGGGCCCAGCCAUGUCGGCAGGGGAUGCCGGGCUGGUGAACCAGAAGUAUGCGCUGUUGCCGGCGUUUCUGCAAGCCAAGGGCCUCAUCCGGCAGCACGUGUCCAGCUUCAAUCACUUCAUCGCCAGCGAUUUGCUGAAGAUCAUCAAGGCCAAGGGCAACGAGCGCGUCACCUGUGAUGCUGACCCUAACUUUUACCUCAGGUACACCAACAUCUAUGUGGGACGGCCCAGCCUGGAAGAGGACUACAUCCAGACGGAGCUGACGCCCAACCAGUGCCGCCUGCGCGACCAGACCUACUCGGCGCCCAUCAGUGUGGAUGUGGAGUACACGAGGGGCAAGGAGGUGGUGAUCCGCAAGGGCAAGAGCGGUGCCGGCGCCAUCCUCAUUGGCCGCAUGCCCAUCAUGCUGCGCAGCGACAGGUGCGUGCUGACCGGGAAGAGUGAGGAGGAGCUGGCUUGGGUGGGGGAGUGCCCCCUGGACCCAGGGGGCUACUUUGUGGUCAAGGGCACCGAGAAGGUCAUCCUCAUCCAGGAGCAGCUGUCCAAGAACCGCAUCAUCAUUGACACAGGCACGCCUGCGCUCGCCGCCCGGCAUAGCCACGGCGCCGUCGUCGCCUCGGUCACCUCCUCUACCCAUGAGCGCAAGUCCAAGACGAACAUUGUCAGCAAGCACAACCGCCUGAUGCUGAAGCACAAUGCCUUCACGGAGGAUGUGAACAUUGUGAUUGUGAUGCGGGCGAUGGGGGUGGAGAGCGAUGAGGAGGUGCUGCAGCUCGUGGGCACGGAGGGCCCGUUUGCCUCGUUGCUGACGCCCACACUGCAGCACUGCAAGGAGGAGGGAGUCUACACCCGGCAGCAGGCGCUGGACUACCUGGCGGGCAAGGUCAAGGGCAGCGGCAGGCCGGCGAGCCCCGCUGGCGGCGGCGGCUUUACGCGGCGCACGCGGUCGCGGGUAGAUGAGGCACGCGACAUCCUUGCGAAUGUGGUGCUGUGCCAUGUGCCGGUGGUGCAGUUUGACUACCAGCAAAAGGUGACGUAUAUUGCAGUCAUGGUGCGGCGCAUGCUGUAUGCCAAGCUGGACCCCUCCUUCAUCGACGAUCGAGAUUACUACGGCAACAAGCGGCUGGAGCUGGCGGGCGGCCUGCUGGCGCUGCUGUUUGAGGACCUGUUCAAGCGCAUGAACGCUGACCUGAAGCGCCAGGCAGACAGCUCGCUGAGCAAGGCGAACCGCGCCACGCAGUUUGACAUUGCCAAAUGCAUCCGCACCGACACCAUCACCUUUGGCCUGGAGCACGCCAUCUCCUCCGGCAACUGGACCAUCAAGCGCUUCCGCAUGGAGCGCAAGGGCGUGACGCAGGUGCUGUCCCGCCUUUCGUUCAUCAGCGCGGUGGGCAUGAUGACACGCAUCACCUCGCAGUUUGAGAAGACGCGCAAGGUGUCGGGGCCGCGCGCAUUGCAGCCGUCGCAGUGGGGCAUGCUGUGCCCCGCCGACACGCCGGAAGGCGAGAGCUGCGGGCUGGUGAAGAACCUUGCACUGAUGACGCAUGUGACGACGGAUGAGGAGGAGGCGCCUAUUGCGCGGCUGGCGCACAUCAUGGGUGUGGAGCCUGCCUCUCUUGUCAACCAGUCUGAGCUGCGAGAGCGGGGUUGCGCGCUGGUGUUCCUCAACGGCAACAUCCUGGGCGUGCAUCGCCGCCCCAAGUACUUUGUGCGCUCCUUCCGGGAGAUGCGGCGCCGCGGCCGCGUGGGCGAGUUUGUCAGCGUGUACAUGCAGCACGACACGGUGCAGAUUGCCAGCGAUGGCGGCCGCGUGUGCCGCCCGCUCAUCAUCUGCGACCGCGGCGUGCCGCGCGUCAAAGACGAGCACCUGCAGCUGCUGCGCAUGGGCAAAUGGAAUUUCAAUAGCUUCCUGCACUCUGGCUUGCUGGAAUACCUAGAUGUGAACGAAGAGAACAACUCAUUAGUUGCCCUCUACGAGGCCGACUGCGGCCCGCGCGUCACCCACUUAGAGAUCGAGCCCUUCACCAUCCUGGGCGUUGUUGCCGGCCUUAUCCCAUUUCCGCAUCACAACCAGUCGCCGCGCAACACGUACCAGUGUGCCAUGGGCAAGCAGGCCAUGGGCAAUGUGGCAUUCAACCAGCUCAACCGCAUGGACACGCUACUCUACCUGCUGUGCUACCCGCAGCGGCCGCUGCUGACCACGAAGACCAUUGAGUUGGUGGGCUUUGACCGGCUGGGCGCAGGGCAGAAUGCCACAGUAGCUGUCAUGUCCUACUCUGGGUAUGACAUUGAGGAUGCCAUUGUGAUGAACCGAGCCAGCCUGGACCGCGGCUUUGGGCGGUGCAUCGUGCUGCGCAAGUACGGCACCUCGUUGAAGAAGUAUGCCAACCGCACGCAGGACCGCAUCGUGCUGCCCGCGGCGGCGGUGGGGCCUGCCAGUGCGCCCCGCCCCGCCAAGUUCCGGGUGCUGGACCGCGACGGCAUCGCGGCGGCGGGGGAGGUGCUGACGCAGGGCGAGAUCCUGGUGAACAAGCAGAUGCCCACCAACACGCGCGACCCUGUGUCCAACCCGGCAGCCAUGCCGGAUACCUUCUACCGCAAUGCGCCUGUCUCCUGGAAGGGGUACACCGGCGGCGAGAAGUGUGUGGUGGACAAGGUGUUGCUAACCAGUAACGAUGACUGUUCCUGUGUUGUCAAGGUGCUGGUGCGGCACACACGGCGGCCGGAGCUCGGAGACAAGUUCAGCAGCAGGCAUGGGCAGAAGGGGGUGGUGGGCUCCAUUUGGAGCCAGUCGGACAUGCCAUUUAGUGAGCGCGGCCUGGUGCCAGACCUCAUCAUGAACCCACACGGAUUCCCAUCCCGCAUGACGGUGGGCAAGAUGAUUGAGCUGCUGGGCUCCAAGGCUGCCGUGUGCACAGGGCGCUUCCACUACGGCACCGCCUUUGGCGAGCCUGCCGGGCUGGCAGACAAAGUGGAGAGCAUCAGCCAGGAGCUGGUGGAGGCAGGGUACAGCUACAGCGGCAAGGACUUCCUGCACAGCGGCAUCACGGGCGAGGCAUUAGAGGCUCACAUUUUCAUGGGGCCAGUGUACUACCAGAAGCUCAAGCACAUGGUGCUUGACAAGAUGCAUGCACGCGCACGCGGCCCACGCGUGGUGCUCACACGUCAGCCCACCGAGGGCCGCAGCCGCGAUGGCGGGCUGCGCCUGGGAGAGAUGGAGCGUGACUGCCUGAUUGGGUAUGGCGCCUCCAUGCUGCUGCUGGAGCGGCUGAUGAUCAGCAGUGACCAGUUUGAGGUGCAGGUGUGCACGCACUGUGGACUGAUGGGGUACAAGCGCCACGAUGGCCUGGCGGUGUGCCCCUUGCUCCGCUCCCCCGAGCACAUCGCGUCGCUGCGGAUCCCCUACGCCGCCAAGCUGCUGUUCCAAGAGCUUCAAUCCAUGAACAUCGUUCCAAAGCUGCUGCUCGCCGAGGCUUGA